AUGGUACCAAGAUCAAUACUCUCUAUAAACACUGCAUCCAGAUGCUGGCUGCCUGCAAGCAGAUCCCGGCAGUUUGCAGUUGUUUCGAAUCCCAUGUCCGCUCACAUAUAUCACAAGGUGCAAUAUGAUUACCAGUCGACCACUCCAACAGUUCACAACAAUGGUGGUCAGGGAACCGUGGAAAGCUCUACCAUGACGUAUGUGGAAAAUGCUUCUCUCAGUGCUAGCUCACCGGAGGCCCAGAAGCAUGAGACCUUCCAGCCGAUCGUGAGCAGUGACUCACCUGUUUCUGGGGACGAGCACCAAAAGGUUUAG